GUCGCGCGGCGGUGCGCGGACACCCGGCUGCUGGCGGAGCACUCUGUGGAGAAGCCGCGGGGCAGCGGCUGUGCCUGUGGAGCUCGAGGAGCAGUCAGGCUAGCGAGGCUCCGUCAUGCUUUUGUGGAUGGACACUGAAGUCCAUGUCCAUAUACCUGGAGCAAGAGUAGACACUGACGGAACUUCAGAGAGAUAAUAUGAUGUCAUGUAUGUCACCGACCAGACCACCAAGAGGUGCUGAGAGAUUAAAAAAUGGCAAACUCCUUUGCAUCAAGGACCUUUACUGCACUUUCAGAUCUACAUCCAAAUAUGGCUAAUCUGAAAAUAAUUGGUAUAGUUAUUGGGAAAACAGAUGUCAAAGGCUUUCCAGACAGAAAAAAUAUUGGAUCAGAGAGGUACACUUUCAGCUUCACCAUUCGGGACUCACCAACCUGUUUUGUAAAUGCAACAUCUUGGGGCAAUGAAGAUUACAUCAAGUCCCUUUCUGACAGCUUUAGGGUCGGUGAAUGUGUGAUAAUUGAAAAUCCCCUGAUCCAAAGAAAGGAUAUAGAAAGAGAAGAAAAAUUCAGCCCUGCAACUCCUAGCAACUAUAAACUAUUGCUCAGUGAGAAUCAUUCAACGGUAAAAGUUUGUUCCAGUUGUGGAGUGGAUCCCAAGUUACUUUCUCUGAUACAUUUACCUGUUAAAGAGUCUCCAGAUUAUUAUACAUUGGGUGACAUUGUUGCAAAUGGACAAAGUCUUAAUGGGAAGAUUAUCAAUGUGCUUGCAGCUGUGAGGUCGGUUGGGGAGCCAAAGUACUUCACAACUUCAGACCGAAGGAAAGGCCAGAGGUGUGAAGUUAAACUCUACGAUGAGACAGAGUCGUCUUUUGCAAUGAUAUGUUGGGAUAAUGAAUCCAUUUUACUUGCACAGAACUGGAUGCCACGAGCAACAGUAAUAUUUGCCUCAGAUGUAAGAAUAAGUUUUGACAAAUUUCGGAACUGCAUGACAGCAACAGUAAUCUCAAAAACCAUUAUUACAACUAAUCCAGAUACACCAGAAGCUAACAUCCUACUGAAUUUUAUAAGAGAAAAUAAAGAAACAAAUGUUCUGGAUGACGAAAUUGACAGUUAUUUGAAAGAAUCCAUAAAUUUAAAUACAAUAGUUGAUGUCUAUACAAUUGAACAAUUAAAGGUAAAAGCUUUGAAGAAUGAAGGAAAAGCUGAUCCUUUCUAUGGAAUUCUUUAUGCGUACAUUUCUACACUGAACAUUGAUGAUGAAACUACAAAAGUAGUUCGAAAUAGAUGUUCCAGCUGUGGUUAUAUUGUAAAUGAAGCAUCUAACUCGUGUACAACUUGCAACAAAGAUUUCUCGGAAUUUAAAUCUGUGUUUCUCAGCUUUGACAUGCUAAUUGACCUUACUGACCACACAGGUACCCUUUACUCCUGUAGUCUCACAGGAAGUGUUGCUGAGGAGACAUUGGGCUGCACGGUAGAUGAAUUUCUUGCAAUGACGGAUGAACAGAAAACAGCAUUAAAGUGGCAAUUUCUUUUGGAAAGAAGCAAAAUUUAUUUAAAAUUUGUUUUAUCACACAGAGCAAGGAGUGGGUUGAGAAUUAGCGUGCUCUCCUGUAAGCUUGCAGAUCCCAUUGAGGCAAGCAGAAACUUGUCUGGACAAGGACAUGUUUAAAACUGCCUAUCAUGUUAGACUCUGGAAAAUGUAGGAGUUUUAACUUCCUUUAAAAUGGAAAAUUAGUUAGAAAAUUAUGGUCAAAAUUGUAUUUUGUUUAAAUACAGUGAAAAUGUUUCUAUAAAUUGUUAUUAUGUUUCCUCCUGGAGCUGGUUUGGGGACAAGGCUGAAAGCAUCUCUCUUACCUGAGCUCACCUCUUAGAAGGCCUUUCUAUUGGCUUUGCUAUGUGUCUCCAGAGUUGAAAAACAUGCACAUGAGUUAAUAAACACGUUUAAUCUUUCCCACAGAUUUGGUUUCUUUUUCUUAAACCACUUUACUCCUUAUCUUGGUUCCCUAGAAAAAGAGUAGAACCUCUGAAAACUUUCCUAGUUGGUGGUGGCUUGUCAUCUGACAGGACACGGGGAGGGGCGCUCUGGCUGGGUGGGAGCAGCAGAAGGCUUGGGCAACAUGCUGCUGCUUUGAGUAUCCCAGAGCUUCCCACCUACUUCACACGGAGCCACCCAGUGCUGGUGGAGGCUCACUGGCUCAGCGCUGAUGCUGACGAGUCCGAAUCAGCUGGGAGGAGACCAACUUCAAAGGAUACCUAGGCAGUGCCUGAGUCUCAGGAACUUUGAAGGGGGAACCUAUACCGGACAUUAAGACAGGUGCCAUUUUAACUCAGUUUCUCUCAGCUCCACGCCAUUCUGAGUCACUUGCUGUGAAGACCCACCACUAGAUCUGUGUUGACCCACAGCCCAGGAGGCUUGGCCAGCAUUUGUUGGAUCUGCCACCACACAGGAUUGAGGGGAAAAGGGAAAAAGUAAGUAUAUGAAACUCUUAUACAGCUGGUGUUGGGACAUAAACUUACCUUGUCAGUAAUGUUUUCUCUGGCUUUUACUGUGUGCAGCCACAGAGGGGGUGUCCAAAUUGUGGUGACAAACAAGUUAAGGAAGGAAUUGACCUAGCUGUGCAAAAUGGGUCUGCCGAAGAGCUUCCUUCUGCUCUCCGUGGGGAGAAGUGGGUUUGUUAAGCAAGGGGACAGGAGGGUGGGCAGGGUGGAAAGGGUCAAGAGUGGUGACGAGUCAGGCAGGGGGCAGAGAGAAGUGACUGUGGCGUGGCUGUGCUGGAUUCGCACCCACUGUUGGUAUAGUGCCCCCCCUUCCCCAACAGGGCCCUGCUUCCAGGAGCUCAGGAGACACCGGCCCAGGGUUGUGUCGGGCUGCUGUGCAGGCCUCCUGCAGCAGGUCGGAAAGCACUAGGGCCUGGCCCGUCAGCCCAUGGCCCUCCGCUGCUCUGGCUGCUCCGCCACCAGCUUCGAUUGCAUAACACGCACGCUCCCGCAGCAGGCAAAGAGGCAGCUGCUCUGCCCCAGCCGCAGCUUGGCCAGCAGAGGGCUCUGAAUUACCUGCUCACUGCUAAGGCAACCUUAUCUCACGGUCCACUGGAUUUUAACUGUGAAAGCUGGAGGUGCAGCCCAAUUGCAUAUUUCAUCGGAUGACACGGGGAUCUGCAGGGCCAGGUGUCAAGCCACACUGAAUCAAAGGGGCUUCAGAAAGCUAAAUUUGCACAUUUACGAAAUGAAGACUAAAAAUUGGUCAGGAAUCUGAAAUUCAGUUUUAGAUUAGCCAGAUGCUUAUUUCUUUU